AAGAGUAGGCGCAUGCGCGGUCAGCGCCUUUCCGUUGCCUCCGCACGCUGAGGUGGCCGCGGGGUGGCGGAAAUGGACGGGGCGUCCGCGGCGGUGGUCGGCGUGUCGCUUUUGCUCGGGGCUCUGGUCCUCCUGCUGGUGCUGCGGCUGGGGCGGAGGGCGCCGAGUGGAAAGGCCCCGCAGGACGGCGGGAAGGAGGAGACCGAGCCGGCAGACGAUCACAAAGUAAAUGGCGAAACGACCGGCAAAGCACCCGUCCUGAAGAAACAGAAGCAGCACCAGCGAAGUCGAAAAGAGAAGCCUCAACAGCACAAUUUCACACACCCGUUCCUGGCCGCAGCCCUCAAGGGUCACAGCGGGAGCAUAAGCUGCCUGGACUUCAGCAGCAAUGGCAAGUACUUGGCAUCCUGCUCUGAUGACCGCACAAUCCGCAUCUGGAGCACCAAGGAUUUCUUGGAGCGGGAGCACCGCUGUAUGCGGGCCAACGUGGAGCUGGAUCAUGCUACCUUGGUCCGUUUCUACCCAGACUCCAGAGCCUUCGUUGUUUGGCUGGCUAAUGGCGACACCAUCAGAGUCUAUAAUAUGACCAAGAAAGAAGAUGGCAGCUUUGCUUAUGUUGCAGCCCCGGAAGACUUCCCCAAACAGCACAAAGCCCCCAUUAUCAACAUUGGAGUUGCCGACACAGGGAAAUUCAUCAUGACGGCAUCCAGUGACACCACCAUACUCAUCUGGGACCCGAAAGGGGAAAUCUUGGCCAGCAUCAACACCAACCAGAUGAACAACGCCUUUGCAGCUGUGUCGCCGUGUGGGAGGUUUGUUGCAUCCUGCGGUUUCACCCCAGAUGUGAAAGUGUGGGAGGUGUGUUUCGGCAAGAGUGGCGACUUCCGGGAGGUGGCCAGGGCCUUUGAUCUUAAGGGCCACACAGCGGGCGUAUAUUCCUUCUCUUUCUCCAAUGACUCCAGACGGAUGGCGACAGUCUCAAAGGACGGCACGUGGAAACUGUGGGACACAGAUGUGGAAUACAAGAAACAGCAGGAUCCCUACCUGUUGCUGACGGGCAAAUGUGAGGUGGCAGAACCCUGCCGCAUCGCUCUGUCCCCCGACGCCCGAGCGCUAGCCAUUUCCUGCAGCACCAGCAUCUUCGUCUACAACUCCAGAGGAGGCGAGGAGGAAGAGCGCUUUGAGAACGUCCACGGGGAGCACAUCACAGACUUGGCCUUCGAUGUGAACAGCCGCUUCCUAGUCUCCUGUGGGGACCGGGCCAUCCGGGUCUUCCACAACACCGCCGGCUACCGGGCAGUGAUGGAAGAAAUGAAGGUUCUGUUGAAGAAAGCCACCAAUGAGUCCACCAGGCAGAGACUGCAACAGCAGAUCACAAAUGCCCAGAACUCACUGGAAAGUAUCUACGGCAAGAGCAAGUGACCCUUUUCUAUGUGGGGUGCUCCCGUGCAGACUUUAGGGUCAGGAUUUUAACGCAGGAUAUGUGCUAAUAAAAGAUUUUUUUG